UCAAUAACCACUGCAUUAUAAAAAGGGCCGCUCCGCACUGUACACGCCGUCACGCUGCUGUUCGCGGGAGACGCUGUCACCACCAGCACCAUGUUGAGAAAGCGUCUGCUCGACUUCGCUUUGCGACUCAACCGACGACAACUACAUGAAGGGAUUCAGGGGGCGACCGCGGGACUCAAGCCGGUUACUUGUCAGGAAAACCACCUCCACCGCCGGUAUGUUUCCACCAACGCAACCGUGGCCGGCACCAACACCAGCACCAGCGCCUGCAGCAACAAACACUCCGCCAACCCGACGGAGGUUCAUAACGGAGUGAAACAUAUGGACGAAUUACACGGACCGAGUUUAAUGACGAAUUUCAACUGGAUGUUUUUGAAGGGUUAUAUGGACAAAACGCACUUAAUGCAAAUUGAGCACAAGAAGAUCUAUGGCCCAAUAUGGAAAUCAAAGUACGGCCCUUUGGUUGUGGUGAACGUGGCCGAUGCUGACCUGAUACAACAGGUUAUGAGGCAGGAGGGGAAAUACCCAGUCCGGACGAACAUGUUUCACUGGAGGAGGCACAGGGAGGACAGCAACCAGGCCUAUGGACCCCUGUCAGAGUUUGGGUUCAAGUGGCAGGAAAUACGCAGUAACCUGAACCCAAGGCUCAUGAAGCCCAAAUAUGUUACCUCCUACACUGACAGACUGAAUGACGUGAUAACAGACUACCUCAACAAAAUGGACGGGAUGAGGGAACCCAAUGGCCAGGGAGUGAUGGUCAAUGACAUGGCUGAAGAACUCUACAGAUUUGCUUUUGAAGCCAUCUCUUCAGUGUUGUUUGAGAAACGCCUGGGCUGCUUGAGCAGUGUUAUACCGGAGGAAACCCAAAAGUUCAUCACCUCUGUGGGAGAAACAUUUCGUCUCUCUCAAUCUGUUAUCAUCAUCCCCAUGUUUCUUUGGCCUUAUGCACGUCCUUGGAAAGACUUUAUAACACACAACAAUUACCUCUUUGAAUUUGCUGGAAAUAUGGUGCAGAGCAAGAUUGAUGAAAUCCAGGAGAAGGCCAACUCCGAGCAGGUCUUGGACAGUGCCUACCUCACACACCUGCUGCUCUCUGAUAAGAUGACGCCCAAAGGGAUUAUUGGCAGUAUCACUGAAGUCUUGCUGGGAGGAGUCGACACAUCCUCAAACACUCUCGCGUGGUGUCUUUACCACUUGGCAAAACGGCCAGAGAUCCAAGAACGGUUAUACCAGGAAGUGAUAAGGGUUUGCCCUGGAGAUGAGAUACCAACAAGUGAUGAUGUCGGCCGCAUGCUUUUCCUGAAGGCCGCCAUCAAAGAGACACUACGGAUGUAUCCAGUCGUACCCGGAAAUGCCCGUGUCAAUGUUGAAAAGGAAAUCGUGGUCGGAGGAUACAGCUUCCCCAAAGAUACGCUAUUUCACCUGUGCCAUUACGCUACGUCCUAUGAUGAGAACAUAUUCCCUGACCCUCACACAUUCCAUCCGGAGCGAUGGCUCAGAGGAGACAACUACAAGCAGCACCCCGUCGCUUCAAUUCCGUUUGGUUUCGGUGUCCGGGCAUGUAUUGGCCGACGGGUGGCUGAACUUGAGAUGUAUCUCUUCAUGUCCAGGCUGUUGAAGCGCUUCGAGGUGAGACCAGACCCUGCUGGAAAGACUGUGACGUCCAUCUGCAGAACCUUGCUUUGUCCUGGUCAACCAAUUCGUUUGCAGUUUGUGGACAGACGAGUCAAGUAGGAGGGGUCGAGAGUGGCAGCUUUUCUCUGAGCCCACUUAGUAUUCACUUGGUGCUGCCUCCAAGCUCUGCUUUAUACAGGGCUCACAUCAAGAGAAUGAGCUGGAUCAAUGAAGCAAAUCUGUGGCUAUUUAGCCAAAAAUAUAAUCAUCAAUUAAGUAUGUGUAGGAUUUUUUAAAUAUUUAUUUGUCUAAGUACUAACACAAUAUUUUAAAUGUUCUUAAAAUAUUUCUUCAGUGAUACGUUCCACUGUUUUAGCCGUUCCCUUGGAGCCGUAGUUCCAAACUUUGAGUUUGAGUGAUGUUAGUUUCCCCAACAUGAAACUACAUAUACAGUAUAUCCUAUACCACAGAGUAUGUAUAUUAAAUUGCACAAGAUAAACAGACAAUGUCUGUUCAUCUUAGUCCAUGUUUAAGAUUACUUUCACUUGUGAAUGAAUCACCACAGUUCUUUUAAAAAGUACAUGACUUUGUACUCCGCGACCCUCAUGUGGAGGAUAAAGUCGCAAUUUUCUCGAAAAGAAAAGCGGAAGUUUAGUAAUGAAGCUGAAAUCUUUCUGUAUUUUGCUGCUCAAGUUGUUGAAUGCUUAAAGUGGUGACAUGUCGGCAUUCAGACCUUUGUACAGGUCUGAAACUAGAGAACCUUUGAGAACUACAAACUCUGGAUAUGUGAACUUGUGUCCUUGCUCUGUGUAGCAUUGCUGCUUUGCAUUGUUGUUGUUAUUUACAUGUGGAUUUUAUGCUGUGGAAGAAAACAGAUUUAACACAUGAAAACAAGAUGUUGCAUUGGACCUUGCCAAGUCAUUCCAGUUUGAUCUUCUUUGCUGUUUUUCACUCUAUAAUGCUGUGAAAAAUAAAAUAUUGAAAAAAG